CUGUAGCCUCAGCAGCAGCUCGAUGGCAGAAGGAAAAAGCUCUCUAUCUCAUCUCCGUGGAUGAUGAUGAUUGCUAUAUAAAGAGAGUGCGAGACAUUCGUAAGGUAAAGCCGUGCGAAAAAAAACAUACCGCGACAUUUUUGUUCGCACUCGCUGAACUCGUAGUUGAAAAAAAAAACGAGAAAAAUCGAACGCACCGAAUAUCGUUUAUGAUUGUGAAGAUUUUUUUUUACCUUUUUCGUCGUUGUGUGUCGUGUAGUUACGCGGGGUGUCGCGACGUGUGUAUGUGAGUGUGUGGGGGGCGGGAGGGGAAAAGGUGUCCAAGGGGAACCAGGUCGUUGGUUAGUUGACGUGGGUGCUUUUUGUAAUCCGUAAUACUGACAAAAUCACUUAAAAUUAUAUGCUAUUGCGUGAAAGUAAAUUCUAUUGUCAAGAAAUUGAGUACGAAGUUUGUGGUGCUACGCGUUUGGAAGUGAAAACGAAAAUAGGGGAAAAACGAUCGGUUCUCGAUCGUGACAAGAGUCUCGCCCUUGAUUGACGCAAAAUAUUUUCUUUUUCUCCUGAUUUUGCCUUACUGCUCAAUUUCGACUCAUUUCCCACUUCGAGACAGUAACAAGUGGAGGGUAAAUUCGGUGAUUAUAAACGAGCUAUGACCUCGUACGUAAUUUGUCAUUUGACGAGUGGUAGAACCGCGUCGUUAAACUGACAUGGAGCACUUGAUCGUGUUUUACGUACCGGGUACUCUCGGAACCGCUGUAAUAUCGCCUGGUUCACGUAUAAUCGAACCCUUCUAUGUAAACUCUUGCCCAUCAAGGUCAAACCAAAAUUUCAUCAUACCCCUAUCUCAAGAAUCAUCGAGUUCUUAUCAAUUUUAACCAAAAAAACAAAGUUCCCAAGUUUUUUAUCCUCUAUCGAUUUUCGGUGAAAAUCAUACCAAAAUGGCUUCGAUGUUCUGGAGUUCCAUUCAAGUUCUUAUGAACAAGGGCAAACAAAGAGCCUCUGCAUACAUUCAUGCAGAAUGCAGCAAUCCGUCCGCUGACAGCGGACGUCCUCAACAUCUUGAUGAACUUCUCGAUAUUUUGCUAUCACCCAGCAAACCUAUCGAUGAUUGGGAUACCAUUGAUUGGUGUAAAUGGCUCAUGGCUGGUGGAAGAACACCGGACGAAUUCUCUAAUACAGUUCGCCUCUAUGACAACGCUACUACCUGUGGAUUGGUAUGGACACCGAAUUUUGUUGCUUAUCGUUGUCGUACUUGCGGCAUCUCACCCUGUAUGGCUCUCUGCACGGAAUGCUUCAAAAAAGGAAAUCAUCAUCGUCAUGACUUCAACAUGUUCCUCAGCCAAGCUGGAGGAGCUUGUGAUUGCGGCGAUACUUCUGUCAUGAAAGAGACUGGAUUUUGUGAUAGACAUGGUCCGAAUGCUACUGUAAAUAAGUCACCGGCACCGGUUGAUUUGAUGUGUGUGGCUGAAGCAAUGAUGCCAAGAAUAAUAUUUCGACUGAUUCAACAUUUGCGCGAAAAUUGUAAAAUGCGAACGCCGAAUUAUUUAAUGGCGAUCCAAAGUGCGGACGCCUAUCUCACGAUGCUACUGGACUUAAAUCACAUGGGAGCAUUAAUGAGACACGUUAUGACAUUAGCACUUACGAAUCCCCAAAAAUAUCGAAGUCUCAUGGACGAGGCGAGCACGUCUGGACAAUCCGAAUACCAAACUUAUUGUCAGGAGAGUUACAAGAUUUACGAGGAGGCUAGAAAAACUUUACCUAACCCUGAACCGCCUGAUGAGUAUAAAGAUUGCCCAUCGUUGCAAACCCAUUUGGAGCAUAACACAUUUCUCGAAGAACUGAUGUUUUGGACGGUCUCGUACGAUUUCCCACAAAAGCUCGUUUGUCUUUUGUUGAAUAUGAUGCCGGAUCCGGAUUACAAGGAAGCACUUACGCGUGCUUUCGUCCUUCAUUAUAGUAGAAUUGCGAGAAUGCUCGAAUGCUCAACCGAUCCAGAUACUUUGAGUAAUCGAGUUGUACAUGUUAGUGUACAAUUGUUCAGCAACGAGCGUCUAGCUAUUAAGAUGGUCGAUCAGCUUAAAUUACUUCACGUUAUGGUCAUAAGUCUCAAGUACAUGAUGUGCAAGAUACUCAUUCAAAAUACUCUACACAAUCCAGCUGAAAAUUUUCAUCACGUGGUUGACUGCGGACGUCAAGUCAUGAAGGAACAUUGUUACUGGCCGCUGGUAUCCGAUCUUAACAAUGUUCUGUCCCAUCAACCAGUCGCAGUUAGGUUUCUCAGUGAUGAUACACUUCUCGAGAUGUGGUUCGAAUUCCUUUCCAUGUUUCAAGGUAUGAACGUGAAUCAAAGAGAAAUGGGAGACCACGUUGAAUUCGAGCCAACAACUUACUAUGCAGCGUUCAGCGCAGAACUGGAAGCUAGUGCCUAUCCCAUGUGGGCUCUUGUUUCACAUCUCCGUGGGCCAGAAAGUGCUGGGAUAAGUCGCAGAGCAUUAGAUUUCUGUUUAACAGCACUCCAGGACUGGCUCGAUGCCAUACACUUUACGAGCCCUGAUGUGAGCGACGUCCUUCACGUAUCUUUUCACAUACCGCUUCACCGAUACUUCGCCGUAUUUAUGUGUCAAGCUGUACGACAACAAGGAGUCACACUCGAGGAAUUAUUACCGCCAAAGGACAUGCUUCACCUCCUUAUGAUGCACCCCCUUCGAGUUCAGGUUGCUUUUUACGAGAUUCUCAAUGGCCUGUGGGUUCGUAAUGGAUUACAAAUAAAAGGCCAAGCUAUGACUUACAUACAAUGCAAUUUCUGCAAUUCGAUGGUUGAUGCGGAUCUCUACCUCUUGCAAAUCUGUGCUACUCAACUCAAGCCCGAUGUUUUUCUACGCACAAUCAUAGACAAAUUCCACGUCAAAGAAUGGCUGAGCUUAAGAACCGUACGUUCUCGUCACAAUCUUUCAUUGAUAGGUGAACACGACACACCUAUGCUAGAAAGCUGUCUAAUAUUCCUGGCUACUUUGGUAAACGUGCGAACGAAUUUAGGGUUAUCAGACUCAGAAAUGUCUUACCUCGAAAUGGUGACUCUUCUGUGUAUGGGUGACAAGACUCACAGUCAAUUAAUGGAACUUAUGCCGGAGCGAUGUGGAACUACGCCGAAUCGAGAUUUUGAGGCUGUUCUCGCUGAGGUUGCCCAGUACAGAGCUCCAAACCUCGAAGCGAGUGGAACAAUGCAACAGGGUAUGUACGGUCCCCAAGCAAGAGUUUGGGCCGACUUAUACGAUCCUCUUCAUGUUCUACUUCGUGCAGUUCAUCGUCGCGACUAUCAAGUCUCCAUGGAUCGUUUUACCGAGUAUGUGAAGCAGUCCGGAAAUCUGAAGAGCGGUUCAACACUGUGGCCACCGUUCCGUCAUCCAGCUCCGGUGUCUUCGGACUACGAGGAUCCAAGGGUGGUUCUACGUUCGCGGGUAUUUCAUUCGAUGGUGUUCGCGAUCCUGUACAAGGCUGUGAACGAUCACAACGUGUCGGAACACAUAAUGGCCCUGACAAUAUAUUUGUUGGAAAUGGCGGUCGUCACGGCCGAUUUACCGAAGAAAUCCGUAAGCAUUCGCGGAAACAGGGGCAGAUUGAAUUCAACGAGGCGAACGCGGAGUGAGGCUAAAACAAUAUUGCAACGGAAUUUCCAGGCUAAUCCUCUGUGUCCGUACACCAGCGGUGGCAGCAACGUUACGAGUGGACCACCGAAAGAUCCUGAAUUUGGUAAUUGGUACGAAAGCGACAACAUCGUUGAGAAUCUCAGAACCUUCAUACCGCGAUCCAGUCUCAUCGAUUCACCACCCGAUGGAAUUAGUCCCGAUGGCUCGGACUGGGAAAUUGGUAGUGACAUAACCGAGGGCUCGUUGAUGUUGAACGACGAAUUCGACGUAGAAAUUGGUGAGCCACCAGAGUACUGGGAAUAUGAACUUUCGAAUGCUCUUGAUAACGAUCGUCGUAACAUGGCAGCGGCGAUGGAGACUGGCACUAAUUUGCCAGCUCUACCGCCAAAUAACGAAGCUUUAAACGAAUGGGCUGUAGUUCCUACUGAGGGAAAUAAUCGUGAAAAUGUUGACGAAGACGGAGAUGCAGUGACCACGGAACAAAGAGCCUUGCCACCACCGAACGAACCCGAGGAAUCGAUGGCUCUCACCACGGAAUCUCCCUCGCCUCGUGCAAUUCGCUCACACUUUGAUCAUGCGUCGGGUGAGCAAGCAGCGUUGCCACCGGUGCCUCCUCGAAAUCCCGGUUACGUAGUAAACAACGAAAUAGAUUUAUUGCAAGUAAUAUUUCCACGUUUGGAUGCGUCGGGUGUAACAACUACGGAAAUAGUGCCGUCAACGUCAAACAGUCAUCAGCCAUUAUCAUGUCGCGAUUCGCAGUCGGGUCCAGUUUACUUGAUGGGUGCAAAAAUAGGAGAGAGUAUAAUAUCCCUGUUGUUGAAACUACAUUCGCAAUUAUCGGGUAUACCGGACAGUUACAAUCCGGAUCAGCAACCAAGUGCUUCGGAGAACGAAGCGGGCACGAGCUCGUCGCAAUCGUCGAGUGAAUCGCGCAUCGGUGAUGGUCCUUUUUUCAUAGGUCAAUUAUUGAAAAAAAUCUCUAAUCUCGAUCCAACAUGCAAACAAAAUAUUGUCGAAACACGUAACAAACUUUGGCCACGAACGAAAGAGUGCGAAGAUGCUCAACGUGAGAGGGAACACCGCGAAAGAGAGGAAAGACGCAAACGUGCCAAGGAAAGACAACAAAAACUUAUGGCUGAAUUUGCAAAUAAACAGAAACAAUUUAUGAAAAAAGCUAUGGAGAGUGAUGAGGCAGGUGCAUCGGGAAUGGACUGGGAUCAAGAAGAAUCGCCAACCCAAAUGGCAAGUAAAAAAGAGUACCAUUGUGUCAUAUGUAACCAAACGACAACGAGUACAGAGGAAAAGCCAAUGGGUCUCGUCGUAUUGGUACAAGCAACCAGUGUUGUUGGACACGAGAGACAACAAUCCGAAAGAUUGCAAUUACCAACUUCGGAUGAUGAUCCGGCAAUACCAAAGGGUGAUACGCGUGGAUCUCAUUUUGACAAUAGAAUCGACGAAAUGAAUCGUCAUUUCGAUACGCCUUCUUGGCAAUUAUCGGUGAAUUUGGGUUGGGAAGGAGGAGUUCAUGUUCAAACUUGCGGUCAUCAUUUACACCUCGAUUGUCUGAAGGCGUAUCGUCAAUCGUUACGUAGUCAACAAAGGCAACAGAGUUUGGCUGUCGAUCGUGGCGAAUAUUUGUGUCCGUUGUGUCGACAAUUAGCAAAUUCGGUGUUGCCCUUGUCGCCUCAACUUGGCGAGUGUGCUGCGGUCGUUAGAUCGAGGCAUGCGUCGUCAGCAACAAUAUUGGCUGAACUUAAUAAUUUCCUGAAGGAGAUCCAGAGGAAUCCGAUCUCGUCGAAUCUAUCUGUGGCGAUGGGCAAAGCCAUGGAGGAAAUGACCGGAUGCACGUACUUGAAGUAUAAGCAGAAAAAUUGUACACCUAGUCACCAAAGCCUUUUUCUUUUUGUAACUUCCGUGGCUCGAACGAAUUUCGAGGUCGAACUCGUCCAACGCGGUGGAACGCUUUGCGUUCCUUCGGCUACGACUGUUCCACUCACACCUAAAAGAGAUUGCAUCGUCGCUCUCCUACAUGUGCUAGCCAUGCACGCCCGCGUACUCACUAACUGGCCGGUUCAUCAUACGUGGCAGCAACUCACCGGUUUGCCUUCGGAUCCUGCAGCUCCGCUAGCAGUCGCUCCCCACGAACGCCAAGUUCCACUAUUACUCAGAGAUCCAACAGCUCUUCUCAUACAAUUUAUACUUUUGCUGCCCUUGCAUCUCGACCAAACGUACUUUUCGAGUGUCCUCAAGGUCAUAUACAAUUUAUUGUACUACCAAGUCGUUGUACAAGUGAUCAGUACUCUGACACCGGCGGAGAGGAGCAAUCUCGUUGCAGGAAAAUCCAGUAACGAGAGAUCAACGUCGUCCGAGGCUAUUCUCGCUACGGUAUUUCAAUACUUGAGCGAGAACAGGUUUUUCUGGGAAGACACAGUGCCGAGAACGACAAUUCGUUCUCUCGAAGUGGAGAUCCAAUCAUUGUGUUUGCCUUUUUUGAGAGUAGCAGGACUUUUGCGUCAUCAUUUGUACGGUCAACCGUUGCCAAUAGUGAGAACACCACAAACGGAAUUUGUCCGUUUGGUAUAUUAUUUAGAGCUGGUUACAGAGGGUAUGGAUUGGGACUGUUUCAACGCGGCCGUCGCCCUUAAUUGGAAGGACGAUGAAACGAGUGUUACGGUACCACGUUUGUGGUGCGAACAAUUAAUUGCGUUUUCUAACACGAGCGUGAUCGCGGCCCGACGUUUUAUCGUGGAUCAGCAUAUUUCUUGGCAAGCUCCAAAGCUGCUUAGUCUUCCGAGAGAAUACGAAAAAUUAUUUACUUACUAUCACGAACGACAGUGUCGCAAAUGUCACUCUGUGCCACCAGAGAUAAGCAUAUGCCUUUUGUGCGGCACCAUCGUUUGCCUCAAAACAAAUUGUUGCAAAAGACAGAAUAUCGGCGAAGCCGUGCAGCAUUCGAUCGAUUGCGGAGGUGGGACUGCUAUUUAUCUGGUCGUAACGUCUACUUAUAUAAUCGUGAUAAGAGGCAGAAGAGCUUGUUUGUGGGGUUCUCUUUAUCUUGAUGACUUUGAGGAAGAGGACAAAGAUCUGAAACGUGGCAAACCCCUUUAUUUGAGUCAAGACAGAUAUCAAAUGUUAGAACAACAAUGGUUGGCUCACAGAUUUGAUCAUACGAAGAAAACAUGGGUAUGGCAUCGCGACGCUCUGUGACCUUUUACGAGUUUGUCACAAAGUUCGAUUCGUUACUACGAAUAUAACAGUCACGAUGAUGAGAGCGACGAGGAUCGAGAGGAGAACAAUUUCUUCAAUUUGUCAACCAUCAUCUGAGAGUAGAGGGAAGAAAAAUUUUGAAAACAAAAAAAAAGAGAAAGAGAAAAGCAAAAAAGCAGUCAACACGAGCUACGCCGGAAGUGAAAUUCGAGUGUUGUUGAAUCGAUAGUUGGAUAUAGACGUUAUUAUUAUAUUUAUUACGAAUUCUCAACGAUUCAUUACGAGAUAAUAAUAAUAACAAUAAUAAUAUUAAUAUUAAUAGUAAUAAUUUUUCUUUCUGGGCGGGGUGAGAAGAGUAACGAAAAGUAUCGAAAGUAUUAAUACGCGCUGAUGAUAAACUUGAAGGAAGGGCUGAAUUGUUUCAUAGUAUAAAUAAUAUUCAAAUUCUUCGAUAUACAUAAAUGCGUAACUACGAUUUGUUUGUUUUUCCGCUCCAAAAUCCUGACCGUAAUGGCACCCACAGCAAUGUGAAAGGAAAACUCCAUGACGAAUCGAGAAAAGAAAAUCGGUUUUCUCUUUUAUUCCAGUAACUAACAAAGGAAAAAACAAAUUGAGCCUGGCAAUUUUAGGUGCAUUAGGGUCAAAACUUUUGACCCUCCCUGGAAUAUUCACCAACGCUUAAAUAUUGGAUGGUCUAGAGGCAAUUAAAAAAUCAUGAACCAGUAAUCAGCCGAAGAAUCUGUGAUUAUUUUUGAAGACAAACAAGUGCGGGGGAAGAGCGAAGCUGUUUUUUUUACCAUCGAGAGGAAUCUAGGACAACAAUUGGAGUACGAGCGAAUUCUUUUCAAUUAAUGCGUAGAUAAUCUUUUCCCUGUUACUCCUCGUCCUCGCUUCCCCAAUUCCCCUUCACUCUGUUCGGUAUUGCCUGUAAAUAUGUAUCAAUGUUUUGAAAAAGCAGAAAAAGCAGAAAAGAUAAAAGAAAAUAGUAAAAAAAAAAAAUAUAUAUGCCACACGCCGUAUUGUUAGGAAGCCUCGUGUAACAAUCUGUAUAUAGGUAGAUAAUCAACUAUUUUUCCUUAGGAAUGUUCUUACAUGAGAUCGAACAAUUAUUUGAGGCAGAAUUGCGCAAUUUGCAAAGGUUAUGAGGAAACAAAAUAUUAAAAAAUAAAUAAAAGAGAACGAACAUAAUGGUGGAUAAUUAACAAUAUUUAUCAUAAGCCGUGUCUAAUUGACGAAUAAAAUGCAAUUGUACAAGGAUUCCCUACGAAUUUUCUUCAAUGGUUCCCGUAGUAACCAGUAUAGAUAAAAGGAGGCAAGAAAUAUUGGAAUUUAUAUAUUUUUUGAAAAUUUGUCAAAACAAAGAUCAAUAAAAUUGAAAUGAAUUGCGUUGAACAAACGCUUUAACAGUUGCCGGUUCAUUGGAAUGAUGUUGCAAACGAAUAAAAAUUGUCCUGUAUUUUUACUA